AACAGAGCGGGAGGGCGGUCCCAGCGAGCCCCGGACGGAGACCACCUUACCGCGGGGCGCUCCCGCCCUCCCUGGGAGGGAUAAAUGCUGACUUCAGUCCCGAAGUUCCCAAGUGCAAAGUUUGCCCCGCCGACCGCCGCGGGCGAAGGAAGCCUGGGGCCCCCUCCUGCGCUGGGACUUCUGCUCCCCGCAUUCCAUUCCCCUCUUUCGCGCCGGCUCGGCCAGCGGAGGGCCUGUGCCCGUCUGUGGAGCUUUUUAAUCCCCCCGCCUCCCCCUCCGCCAGCACGGAGAGGAGUCGCUGCUCCGCCCCAUAGAGAACAAGCUAGCUGCAAGGAUGUGGAAGGUGCCAGUUCUGCUGCUGGUUUUGGGAAGAACGCUGCUCUGGGUCCCGGCAGACGGAGCCGUCACAGUCCUGCCAGAGGAUGACAUUACCACCUUAAGUGCAGAAGGUGGCACGGUGAACCCAGGUGUGGAAGAUGACGCAGUGACUCCAGGUGCCAGUAGAGACCCCUCCGAGUCUGCUGGCUUGACAGCUCCGGUGCCCACCAACACGAAGAACACAGACCUUCUCACAGAGGACCUGCCGACUGCAGGCAGCGGGGUCCCUGGCCAGGAAGAAAGCCGGAGCGCCACCACCUUGCCGGCGGCCACCAGUCGCUCAGUGGAAGACACACAGACAACAGUGGAGAAAGAUGGCUUGGCGACAGGGACCCUGAUCGGAAUCAUAGUGGGGGUCUUACUAGCCAUUGGCUUCGUCGGCGGACUCAUCAUUGUGGUCGUGCGGAAAAUGUCAGGAAGGUACUCGCCCUAAAGCUCUGAAGAAGUGUGCCCUUCUGCCAAAACGUUUAAAAGAGAGUUUCCGACCUCCCCCGUCCCCGAGCAGGCGGGAGAAGAUGACCCGUGGACAUGCCUGGCCACCCCACUCAAAAUCCACGGCGAUCCCCCCGCUUGCAGAAGUAACCGAAGGAACGAUGACUCCCAAGACUCGCUCCUUUUAAGUGUUUGCCUUUUGAGAAACUUUUUUAAAAGAUACAUUUUGGAAAAGGUGAUUUUUUAAAAAAAAUGCAUAGAAAAGGGAGCACAACUAUGUAAAUUGACUUGUAACUAAGAGAGACGACAUAACUCCGUCGAUGUUAGAAACUGUAAUCACAUCUUCGUUCCGACCGUUCUCUGUUAUUGUUAAAAUGCAAAGGAAUCUGGAAAUAUUUACACCGAUGGAGUCCUUGGGUCUAGCACUGUGUCAGCAAAUGGCAUGGGCCUUUUGCAAUGUCCGGUUGAAAUGUAGACAUUCCAGUCUAGUUUGGUCUACUUGAAAAGACUGAUUCGGUAUGAAUAAUCAAGUAGAAAAGUCUCAACUUGGGUAAUAUGUAAAUUCUCACCACGAGGCCCCGGGGCAGCCUGUGGGCUUGCUUUCCCCUCGCUUCCAGGGAUGAUCUGAUGGCUCAGAGGUUUGUCCCCCUUGACCUACUGCUUCCCUCGGAUGUUGGGGAGUUACAGGGGUGGCUUCCUCUCCUCCCGUGACGCAAGUCCUUCCGAUUGGCUGCUUUGUUCUGGACAGUGGGGGUCUCAGCCCUGAUGAUGGCCCAGGAGGCUGCUAGAGAGAGGCCCAGAGGCAGCAGAGGCUCCCGGAGUCUUCCAGAAACCGAGAACCCUGGGUGGUCCCGACAGACAGAGACCCUCUGUGUGCCUCUGGCGUGGGACGGAGAACCUACCAGUUUUCUAGCAUUUCCUUUCUGCCUCGGGGGGGAGAUAGGGGGAGCAAAAAAAUAACCUUGCAAAAUGUUCCUUUUUGUAAAAAGCAGCUGGAUUGAAAAACAGAAGGUAUCCUCAGUCUUCAUGGCAUGGCCCACGUGUUUCUGUGGGUUCGUAAGUGAAAAGAUCCAAAUCUAGGAGCCCGGCCUGCCGUUCGGUGUUAGAACCAUCCGGCUCGGUCCGGCUGCGUUUCCUCCCCAGAGGUCAGCUGAGCGCCUCGCCCGAAACAAAAGGUCCUUAUACCGAGCAGACGUCUGUGAGUGUGGUCACACAGUCAUGACGUCCUGGAAACUUGUGCCCGUUCAUAAAACAGGAAAAAGUAAACUGUCAGUCGGAAAGCACAGCCUGCUCCCCCUCCCCGCCUUUUUUUUUGCAGUGGCGGGUGGAUGUUGUUUUAAACAGUGUGUCCUACUGUUGCAUAAGUCCAGCUGUCCCUCAGCCCACGUUCCAUAGCUGAGCAGCACCUGAGUGAGAGAAGGGGGCGUGGAAGAGCUUUAGGAGCUCACCGUCCCUCCGGUUCGUCACUCAGACCCCUGAACCGGAGCUGGGGAUAUACUGCGUGUCCAUAUUGCAUCUUCCCUUUUCUUCCUUCUCUCACCGUGAGCAGCAGUGGUCCACCCCGAGUCGUACACUGGACCCACGGCCUGCUGGGACCGGGCUGCGGGUUUCUUCGCCACGUCUGUGUUGAUGCUCAACGCAGUGUGGGCGUGUUUGAAAAUAAAACAGAUGAUUGCGUA